UCCGUAUAAAAAAGAAAACAUGAUUGGCUGGUUGGUUUAUAACUAAGCAGCUUACGCUCUGCUAAAAACUGCACGUGCUCCUUUGACUCCGAUGACUCGACCGAAGCUUCUAAAAAGCCUCCUUGCCUGCUAGCCCUAAUCUCUCUCUCCCUCUACUUUCUCUCUCUAGUAACUCAGUGAUCGAAGGUCGUUGCAGUGAAUUCAUUGAAUCUAACGGAAUAUUCAACAGCGACAGUUUCAGGACUAUUGGCGAGAAUGUUAUUUGCGUACUAAUGGGUUCUUGAGUAGUAGGCUGAAAUUUUGGGUUUGAUGAUGGCGAGGAAUUUAGAAACUGAAAUGCAAGGGGGUCAGCAUUUUUCUCCAGUAGACACUUCAGAGCUAAAAUCUCAGUUGGAAAGGAAGCUUGGCCAUGCUAGAGUGGAGAAGUAUUUCAAUAUCCUCGCAAGAUUUUUAAACCUAAAGAUGAGUAAAACAGAGUUUGAUAAACUAUGUAUUGCCACCAUUGGGAGAGAAAAUAUUCGGCUUCAUAACUAUCUCCUCAGAGCAAUUAUAAAAAACGCAUCACUGUCAAAGAUUCCUCCGUCAAAGUUGAACAAAAUAGAAAGUUGUUCAAGUGUCAAAGUGGCAAAUGGGUAUCAAAGAAGUAGAAGUAGUCUUCAGUCCCUGUGCAAGGAUUUUCCUCAAUCUCCUCGUAGAGGAAGGACCCCCAAUCUUCGUGAUCGCAAAUUCAAGGACCGCCCAAGCCCUUUAGGGCCUUAUGGGAAGGGCCAUAGUGCUGCAUGUGAAGAUGUAUUAACUAAGAUUCAAGAACAUCAGGGUGCUAAUGAGUUGAUUUCUUUGGCUAGCAGACACCCAUUCUCUGUAGAAGACGGAGAAGAGGUUGAUCAGUCUACUGGAAGCCCUGGCAUUUAUAGUAGAAGCCCUCUUAGAGCUCCUCUUGGCAUCAGCUUGAAGACAAAGGAGGAACGGAAAGUACUGCGUAAUAGAUUAUUCUCUAGUCAAUGUACUGAGACAUGUUACCAAAGUGGUGAGCUACCUGAUACCAGUUCCUUAAUGAAGCGGUUGGAGCAGGAAUUACAAAUGCAGGGAUUGCAAGUUUCAGCUGACUCUGCCAAUUUACUGAAUAAUGCCCUUGAUAUUUUCGUGAAGAGAUUAAUUAGGCCCUGUUUGAAGUUAGCUGGUUCAAGGUCAGGGCACAAACAUAUAAACCGACUCGGUUCCUCGGUGCCUGGUUCGAUACCUGUGACAUAUGUACAAAAGCCAAGUGUGUCCAGUUUAGAUUUGCAAGUUGCAUUGGACUUAGAUCCUCCGAUCCUAGGGGUAGAUUGGCCAACACAACUUGAGAGGAUUCGGAUGCAUGCGUCAGAAGAAUGGAUGGGGGCUUUUUCAACAUGUUCUGGAUAUGGACUCGGAACUCGUUUUCCUCGACCAUAAACGAAAAAAGAAACACAAAGACUGAUUAAGUAUUCUUGAGAUUGUAGAUUCCCUGCUAACAUUGAUCUUGACAACGAUAUUCUUGUGAGCAAAGCAGAAGUAUAUAAGCAUAAAGCUAGAGGAAGUUUUGGUUCAGGUUUUAGAUUGUAUAUAAAUCGUAGUGCUGAUUAUUCCUGGGGGUGGGACAUCAUGAAAUGUUAAACAUUUGUAAGAAUCUAGCAGUUACAAGUAGGCCGUGGUUUUAUCUAAUUCAUAAAGUUCUUCUUUGUUAAUAAAGGUGGCUAUAAAAUUUUCAGCGGUGUAGUUGUUGAAUUCCUGAUUAA